AUGUAAAGGGGAAGGAUGGUGCCUUCUCCUUUACAGAAAAGCCCCACUUGCAGAACUGGAUGAGUUGAGUGUCCCACGGAAGGUUUGUGGAAGUGAAAGUAAGCCCUAUAUAAAUGGGGCCAUGCCAACCAUGCAGCCCAUGAGCAGCAGAGGCUUUCCCGAGGGCAGUCUUCCAGGAAAGAUGAAUGCUCUCCUUGCAUUGGCCAUACUGUUUGCUUGGGGCUCAUCACUGGCUGGCGGGAGCCUCUGGCAGCUGCAGGAGGUGGUCACAAAGAUGACGGGGAAAAACGCCGUGCUGAAUUACUCCUCCUAUGGCUGCUACUGCGGCGUGGGGGGCCACGGGCAGCCAAAGGAUGCCACAGACAGGUGCUGCCAGCUGCACGACACCUGCUAUGACAGCCUCCAGCGGUACCACUGCAACGCCAAGAAGCAGCGCUAUAAGUACAGCUGGCACAGCGGCCGCCUCACCUGCAACAGGGACUCGUGGUGCGCCCAGCUGUCCUGCGAGUGUGACCGCAGCCUGGGGCUGUGCCUGCAGAGGAACAGAAGGAGCUACAACUGGCGCUACGUCCUGUACCCCAGGUGCAAGUGCAGGUGAUGAGCACGUGCAAAGUGAAGACUCUCCAGGUUUGGCCCUCUGCUCCAGAUGGGUUUUGCAUCUGCAUGGGCGCACAUUCUUGAUGACCUCAAUCGAUGUGAAAAUAAAUUAUGUGCUUAAAUUA